AUGUCCGAUCCUUUGUCUGUCGCAGGCAGCGCAGUGGGAGUCGUUUCUCUUGGGCUGUCUGUAUGCGGGAAAAUUGUUGACUACUGCCGGGCGUACCAUGGCUACGACGAGGAUAUUCGAAAAGUCGCAGCCAACGCCGAGUCACUCGGCGAGACCCUGCAAGACUUGGGGGAUGUAAUCAACGUGACCAAGACUAUCCAGCCUAUAGCUGCUAUUCGUCUUUCAAAAAAGAUCGUUGGCAUCGAGGAACAAAUCGAGCGAAUCGAAAGCGUGCUCAAACGAUAUGGACCCGACAAGAAUACCGAGGGGUUCUCUCAAAAGGCUCGAAAUCAAGUCAAGAAAUCCAUUUAUGCCUUCCGGAAAGAUGCGUUACGAGAAAUGGCAGCAGAUUUGGACGGUCUGCAAAAGAACUUGCAAACUGCACUUGAGGUGUAUGCCGAAGCUAUGUAUGAUUAUGAUAAAUGGAGCAAACUGACAUCUCCACGCCACAGACAUACCUUGAAACAAACUGCCCAAAUGUGGGAGGAGAUGAGGCAAAUGACAAGGCUCAUAACUCGUGACAAUGGCAAGAUAUCACCAAGCUUACUGAGAGAUUGCUGUGGAAAAAGCCAACAGCACCGAUUUGACAUGACAAGCGACCGCGAUGACCUGUCAGAGGGACAACUGAUCAAACAAACACAGGCCCGUACGACGAAGAGAAUCAGCUCUCACAGCAGAUGGCUGGGCUAUGCCAUUGGAAUCUCCUUUAAUAUGACGACUGGGGCUGGUGGGUUCUCAAUUUGCCCAACACUGGAUGUCAAUCCCGUCAUAUUCAUGGACAACCCUGGGUAUGAACGUAUAAAUGGACUGCUUGGUUCCAUAUUUAUCACGGGCAAUUUCGAUGACUUCGAGGCACUGCAAAGUUCAAUAGCGGUUUCAAAGCUUGAUCCUUCUCGCACCCUCUUACAUCUCGACAUUGGCUGGACCCGCGACUUGGUAGCCAAGAAUGUUCUAUUAUUUGAGGUAUUCCGUUUGAUAUGA